AUGGCUGAGGCCAAUGUUUCACUGGAUCACGCCGGGUUUUGCUGCCCGGUGUGCCUGGAUUUACUCCAAGACCCCGUUACCAUUCCCUGUGGACAUAGUUACUGCAUGAGCUGCAUUAGAGACUUCUGGGAUAAGAACGGUGGUAAGGGAGGCUACACAUGCCCUCAGUGCAGGCAUAAAUUCCCUCAGAGGCCUGAGCUAAACAGAAGCACUGUACUCGCAGACGUGGUGGCGAGACUGAAGAGGACUGGCGUCCAAGAUCUUCCUUCUUCCCAAAGCUCUGUCGGCCAUGGACUUAUAGAAUGUGAUUUCUGCACGGGCAGGAAACUUAGAGCCGUGAAAUCCUGUUUGGUGUGUCUGGCCGCAUACUGCGAGAUUCACAUUGAGCCUCACUAUAGCUCCCCUGCCUUUAAGAAACACAAACUAAUCCAGGCUUGCGCCAGCUUACAGGACAAGAUAUGCCCAAAACAUGACAGACUUCUGGAGUUCUACUGCGUGGAUGAAAAAACCUGUGUGUGUUAUAUGUGUAUGAUGCAGGAACACAGUAAUCAUGAAACAGUCUCUGCAGAAACGCAACGAAACGAGAAACAGAGAGAGCUGAGAUGCAGUCAAAUGGAAUUCCAGAGAGGAGUCCAGGAGAAAGAGAGGGAGGUUCGGAAGCUGAGAAAGCUUAUGAGUUCUCUCAGGAGCUCAGCACAAGCAGCGGUGAAGGACAGCGAGGAGGUCUUUACUGAGCUGAUCUGCUCCACAGAGCGAAGGCGAUCUGAGGUGACAGAGCUGAUCCGAGAUCAGGAGAAAAAAGAACUGAGUCAGGCCGAAGCGCUCGUUGAGCGACUGGAGAGGGAGAUCACUGGUCUGAGAGAGAGAGACGGGGAGCUGGAGCGGCUUUUUCAAACAGAUCACAUCGACUUUCUAAAGAACUAUUCGGCUUUGACCUCUGUGCCUGGACUGGGAUCUUCCCCCCGCUUCCAAGUGUUGUGUAGAGAGGGCUUGUCUGGCCGCUGUUACUGGGAGGUGGCGUGGAAUGAAGAGGGUAUUUGUACAAUUGGACUCUCUUAUAAAGACAUCCGGAGGAAAGGUAUGGGGCUGGUUAUCCUCCUCUUUCUCACAGCACCCCCUGGAGGGCAGAGGGGAGAACAGGCCAUGGUUGGGAUGGGUGGGAUCUCUGCUGAUGCUGAGACCUCUGUGCAGGCAGUGUUUAUGAUAAAUGUCUUUUAUGGCUGGGAGCUGGGUACCAGUGAUCUGCUGGGCCGUCUUGAUGACUCACUGCAGGGCUUUCUGAUCUGCUGA